CAGCUCAUAUUUCAGAUACCUUCAUAGUAAGACCUAGAAGAUGAGGCACCAUGAAUUUUCUGCAGUGAUUAAUCAUUUUUUGUUGGCAAUACAGUGUAAUUAAUCUGCCUGUCUGGAAGGAAUUUUGAAGCUUGAAACUGGUCUCGGUGACAUCAUGCAUGUUUUACCUUCCUGAUGCAUUGUGGAGUGUUUAUAACUUUUCUUUCCUGUUUAAUCAAGGGAAGGUUUGCAAAUUCUGUUUUCUCAUUGAGAUGGCUCACUAUACAGAACACUUCUAAAAUGUUUUCUGUUAUUGUGUGCUUUCUUGUGUAAAACUAUUCGAGGAUUAAUUUAUUACUUCCACAGAAGAUUUUGUUGCUGAUGAUUUGUGUUAAUUUUUCCAUCUCAGAUGAGUCUGGUAAAAUUUUUAGCAACAAGAAUUGUGUGAUCACUAGAUAAUGAUUAUUGCCAUUGGCCUUGUGCAGAUGACAUAGUUCCAACAGUCUAUAAAAUAACAGCCACUGGAAAUGUGGCCAGAUUUAAUGUGGGUGUCUAAUCAUAAGGUUGGAAAGCUGUCAUGAAUCCACGCAGUGUGCUGCAUUAGAAUAUGCAGUCAGAUCUCUUAUUCAUAUGUGUUUGUUUAUUAUUUAUGGGAUGAGGUUUUGGCACUGGUUAAAAGAAGUAUCAAGCUUGUGGUUUUGUCAUGUUGUUUUUCUUCUCUACAUUGGUUUUACAAAAAGAUGCUCAGCUUCCUAAAUUUAGCUUUAUUAUGAAAAAUUGAUAGCCCUGAAGGAGGCUGUGGGGAGAGGCGGAAGAACUGAAAAGCAUCUCUUAGCAUGAUGCAGCCAUCGUGUACAACUGCAGCCGGCUUCCCUUACAUCUUUGUGCUUGAACGCUGCGCUGCAGCAGCCCAGCUCCAGCACAGGCCGCUCAGCAGUGCCUAAGUGUGCACUACAGCCAGAUUCUCUCACAGCUGCCUCUUCCUUUCUAUGAAGAGGAGUCUUUGCUGGUACUUGUACUGUCUUGCUUGCCUUUAAAAAGCUGCAUGGCAAGUUGAUACUCACUUGGCCAGUCAGUGAUCCCUCCUAAAAUGCAAGUUGCCCUGAGUUAAUGAGCUUAGAAGAUGACAGAGAUGGGGAUGGGGCAGGAGGGAAUGGUGGUGGGGUGCUGUCUUUUGUAUCAGAUGCUUCUUGGAGUGGCUUUGCUUCGGGAGUGUAUCUCUGUGUCCCCUUCACCUCUCCAGCUGCAGGCAGGACUGCAGGGUGCACCCACUGUCCCUUCUAACUUCUCUCAUAAUCUGGUUUCCUAAAAUGCCCCAAACAAAUAUAAAGAGCCUUGAGCUGAAUUUUCAAUAUAACCGUAAAGGCCAAACCUGAAUGAAUGUAAAGCUCUUAAAAUCAAUGUCCCACAUUUUAAGAAAAUUGCCAAGUACCUGAAGUACUAGAAUCCAGUUAGUUCUUAACUGUCUUGCAAUUAAAAAAUCAGAAUGGGCAAUAAGUAUAUAAAGCAUUAUGGAAACAGUAACCUUUUUUUUUAAAUUGCUUUUCUACUUUUUCAUGAAGAUGUAAUGGAAAUACGCAUUGGUGGUUUUUUGGGGUGUUGUUUUGGUUUUUUUUUCUUCCCAGACCAAGUCUGAUUGUAGACAAAAAUCAAUGACAAAAAACAAACCUGAUGUGCACUGCAUAUUAUUAUGAAUGGUAUAUAAGAAAUACUUCAUGGAGUGCUAGUCCUUGCUCCAUUUUCUGAGCUAACUUUUUCCUCCUGGCAGAGGAGCGUGCUUUUUGAUACGACUUAGCUCAGUCCAUUGCAUAAAUCUGCUGCUUUUCUUUUAGGAUUUAAAAUCUGUCUGUAAAUGUUUCAACAGUAUUUUCUGGAGGAUGCUUCUUCCCUCUUAUUACCUAACACAGAAAAAGUUUUACAUUUCAUCAUUAAAACUCUAAAAUCAUUAUGGUUCUCUGCUGAUUAACACAAAAGAGUUUGCAUAAAUAUAAAAUAUUUCUACAGAAGACACUGAUGGUACUUCUUGAAUGUUCUGUACAAAUGCUUUAAUCUUAAAUACUGGAUGGUAGCCUAAGGUAAAUACUAAACACCUGUAAACAGGCAACCUAAAAGACUUUUCACCUUCACUGAAGACCUGUGGGUGACUAUUUAAGAUCACUGUACUUAAGUAUUGAUCCUUGUCUUAAUAUAUGUAUUUCUCCUCAGAGCCAUGUUCAUGAGUGGGCUAAGUGAAAGUAAACAAACACAUGUACACCUGAGGAAUGUGGAUGCAGCCACUUUACAAAUUAUCAUAACUUACGCAUACACGGGUAACCUGGCAAUAAGUGACAGCACAGUAGAACAGCUUUAUGAAACUGCCUGCUUCUUACAGGUAGAUGAUGUGUUAAAACGGUGUAGAGAAUACUUAAUCAAAAAAAUUAACGCAGAAAACUGUGUGCGUCUAUUAAGUUUUGCUGAUCUCUUCAGCUGUGAAGAGUUAAAACAGAGUGCUAAAAGAAUGGUAGAGCACAAGUUCACAGCUGUGUACCACCAGGAAGCUUUCAUGCAACUGUCACAUGAUCUACUGAUAGAUAUUUUAAGCAGUGACAAUUUAAAUGUGGAAAAGGAGGAGACAGUUCGUGAAGCUGCUAUGUUAUGGCUGGAGUACAACACAGAAUCACGAUCGCAGUAUUUGUCCUCUGUUCUUAGCCAAAUCCGAAUUGAUGCACUGUCAGAAGUGACACAGAGAGCCUGGUUUCAAGGCUUACCACCUAAUGAUAAAUCGGUGGUGGUGCAAGGACUGUACAAAUCCAUGCCCAAGUUUUUCAAGCCCAGGCUUGGUAUGACAAAAGAGGAGAUGAUGAUAUUCAUUGAAGCUGCUGCUGAAAACCCUGGUAGUCUUUAUUCUUCUGUCUGUUACAGCCCCCAGGCAGAAAAAGUUUACAAACUUUGCAAUCCUCCUGCUGACCUGCAUAAGGUUGGGACACUUGUAACUCCUGAUAAUGACAUCUAUAUAGCAGGUGGGCAAGUUCCUCUGAAAAACACAAAAACCAAUCACAGUAAAAGCAGCAAACUCCAGGUUGCCUUCAGAACUGUGAAUUGCUUUUACUGGUUUGAUGCGCAGCAAAACACUUGGUUUCCAAAGACACCGAUGCUCUUUGUUCGUAUAAAGCCAUCCUUGGUCUGCUGUGAAGGAUACAUCUAUGCAAUUGGAGGAGAUAGUGUCGGUGGAGAACUCAACAGGAGAACUGUGGAGAGAUACGAUACUGAGAAAGAUGAGUGGACCAUGGUCAGCCCGUUGCCUUGCGCAUGGCAAUGGAGCACAGCAGUAGCAGUUCACAACUGCAUUUAUGUAAUGGCACACAACUUGAUGUACUGCUAUUUUCCCAGGUCAGAUGCUUGGGUAGAAAUGGCUAUGCGACAAACAAGUAGAUGUUUUGCUUCAGCUGCUGCUUUUGGUGAUAAAAUAUUCUAUAUUGGAGGACUGCAUAUUGCCAGCAAUUCUGGCAUAAGGCUCCCAAGCAGUACUGUGGAUGGGUCUUCCGUAACCGUGGAAAUCUAUGAUGUGAAUAAAAAUGAAUGGAGAAUGGCAGCCAACAUCCCUGCCAAGCGGUAUUCUGACCCAUGUGUUAGAGCGGUUGUCAUCUCUAAUUCUCUGUGUGUCUUUAUACGAGAAACCCACAUGAACGAGAGAGCGAAGUAUGCCACCUAUCAAUAUGAUCUGGAACUCGAUCGCUGGUUUCUAAGACAGCAUAUAUCGGAACGUGUGCUGUGGGACUUGGGGAAAGACUUCCGGUGCACCGUAGGAAAGCUGUAUCCGUCUUGCCUUGAAGAGUCCCUAUGGAAGCCUCCAACGUAUCUCUUCUCGACAGAUGGAGGUGAUGAGUUUGAGCUGGAUGGGGAGAUGGUUACUUUACCACCUGUAUAGCUCCCAAAUUAGACUGCACAACUGAUUCUGUGCUUGGUUAUCUUGAAAUAAAUGGUUGUGAAAGAACAGGUCUGGAAACAGAAAUGUCAAACCUGUCUUUCAUGAGUUGUAUUUUUAUGCCCUACCUAACACUUGGCCGCUGUUCAGUAUGAAUCAGUGAAAUGAGCAGGUAUGCUUCCAUAAUCUGAAAUACUAUUAUCUGAUAAUUGAGAAACAUGUAUGUAUAUCAUGAGCUUAAGCAUCUGACUUGUCUAAAGAAUUAAUUUCUAGUCCUACAAAGUCUCGGUUCAGGAAAAUUAGCUUCAGAAAAAAAGUAGUCACUGUUUCUAGGAUGAUGUCACAACUUUUGAAAGUAUCUUCCAGUUAUAUUUGAACUACUUCUGGAUAUUCUACUUAAGUGCUAGUUAUAGAAUUGUCAGUGUGGCCUAAUUAAAGGACUGUGCUGCACUCACUUAAUACUAAUAUCCAUGUUGGUAUAGUAAUGCCAUUAAAAGAAAAAGAAACAAAUCCCAUGGAUCUACCUGUGGUAGGAAGGGUAGAUCUUCCAUUGUAUGGUAACAUGCAGGGCAAAAUGACUGCAGGUUCAGUCAAGCUGUAUUAUUAGGUGCAUGUAUUCUAUUUUCACUAACUUAUACCUGUCUAUUUAGAAUACAGGUCUUCCAAGCAGCUGGUAGUUUACCAGGUGUGGACUUAAGUUGCUGGGCUUGCAAUAGGAGUUGUCAGCCCUCAUAGUGCGGGUCUAUGUGGAGCUUUAAUCAGUAAAUGGCUCCACAUUCUGUAUUACAGUAACAUUGGCUCAUGUAUAUUACUUCCUGCUGCUGAUGUAUUUUUCCAUUGUAAAACAAAGUUUUAGUGUGGAUUAACCAGGUCUUUAUUUUCUGUUAAUUUAAUAACAAGCAUUACUGUAGUGUGAUUGUGUAUAGAUACCCCUUAGCUAUCAGGUUUUUUACUUUGGGGGGGUGGGGGGCCAACCGUUCAGGAAUAUCCUGUGCCCUGCGUGCAGGAGAGCAGAUGACUAGUGCUGCUCUGGCAUUAAUCCCAGGAACCACUAGCAGUAGCGGGGUGCCGCCAACCUAACAUGAACACAGGUGCUUCAUGACAAACCUUACUAGCAUGUUCAGCUGCAUCAUGUUCUGGCACUGUAUUUUGAAUGACAUUAAUUUAUUAAAAAAGACUGAAUCCAACU